GGCUGGCAGCGGCAGGACUGGAGUAACUACGACUACGGAGGCGCCCAGUGGCCUGCUGGCAAAGGAUGCGGCGCGGCUGGCAGGAGCGACUGCUGGAAGUGCGUUGCAUGCGGGUGCGGCAAGACCACAGUCUGGGCGUCGCACUGCAAGCACUGCGGAACGGCGCAGGGCACGGGCAGCAGCGGCCGUGGGCAGGACGCCCCGCUGGACGCAAAGGAGCUCCAGAUGCUGGUCGCCCUGGCGCGCCGCGCAGGUGACCAGGCUACCGCGGCCAGGUGCCAGGGCCAGCUGGACUCCAUGGCGGCAGCCUCGAAGCCCCCGCCCAAGGCCCUGCAGGACCAGGUCAGCGACCUGCACCACCGCAUCAAGAAGCUGGACGGCAGGCUGGAGGCUGAGCUGGCGAAGCUUGCGAGGUGGCAGGACGGCAUCAGGGCGCAGGAGGUUCCCAUCCACGACUUAUCGAAGCACCCCGAGGCCAUGGCCACAGAACAUCGGCAACUGGUUGCGCAGCUUCACAGUGCAGUUGUUCCUCUCUCGGGUGACUCAGAGGUCACGCCUGGGCCCACUUUGUCACUCCGCGACCUCGUGGACGGGCGGGCCUCCAACAUCGUCAUCGACGACAGAGGCCUCUUCUCUGUCGACGCUGAGGGCAUGGAGGCAUCGGAUCUUCAAGGGGUGGAGCGACGCCGGGCCGACUUCAAGGAGCACAUCGGCAAGGCAGCCAAGGCCCUGUUCGCCGAAGCUAUGGAGCGUGCUGCAGUCGCCAAGGCCGAGCACGACGGGUACCUCAAGCGCAUGGCCACCAAGCGCAGGAAGGGGCGCGACGGGGCCGCGUCGGCUGGGGGCGGA